GGCACCCUGUCAUAACUAGACGUCAGUGGUCUGCGGCUGUAGCGUUUGAGUUUGUCACUAGCUUUUGUUCGGCGGAUACACACCUAGCAAAUGUUAUCGAGCAGCUAUCAGUCCAUAAACACACGGAUAGCAAACAAUAUGAACUUACAGCUGUGACGUGCGGUACACAGUAUAACUCGAUAACAAAGAAAGGAAGAGCUGCAGUUGGACUUGAAAUCAACACCAGCAUCCUUGUUCAUUGCUGCUCCCACCGUGCUGCCGCUCACCCACUGCUCUUACUGGCUGCUACCUCCAAUUUUUAAAAUGGCACAUGUGUUCCUACUCUGGCAGUGCCACUGACCUUCACCCUGGACUUCACCAUGGAGAGGAAACGUAGAAAGAAAUUAAUCUAGCUGCCCGGGCUGUUUGCAGUAUGGACUCAUUUUUGGAGCUCUGGACCUGAAAUGCUCUGUCCUAACCACUGACUUGAACCAGGUUUUAGCUGCUCACCUUUAUCUGAACCAGCACACCUGCUGCUGGAGUCCGGACGUUCCUGGUCAAACUGAUGGUUUGUACUUCUUCACGACUCAAAAUGCUCCUGCUUCCUGUGUGGGCUUCCAUGUUGUUGGGGCUGCUGCUGGGCUUUCUGCCUCUUGUGGGCAUGGAGCUGACGAGGGGAGCCAAAUCUGACUCUGACCCCACCCUCAAUUUAGAACCUCUGCCUUCAUCAUCCGGCUCCAACUGUUCCUCCCAGAUUACCCUCAAACUGGAGUUCUCCUCCAAGGUGGUAGAGCACGAGUACAUUGUAGGAUUUACAGGGUAUUUCUCAGCCAAAGCUCGCAGCCUGUACAUCAGCAGCGCCCUGAGGAACGGGGCCGAGGCGGUGGAGUGGCACAUCGUUCCUCGGGAAAACCCAGCGUCCAACUUCCCCAGUGACUUUGAGCUGGUCCACUUAAGUCAACCUUCUCCCAGCAGUCUGAAGACUCUAGAGGACCACCCGUACAUCAAAAGGGUGACGCCGCAACGCAAAGUGUUCCGCGUGCUCAAAUACGUUCCCUCACCUGAGCCUGCUGCACCCUGUAACACCACCCGUGGGGCUAAAUGGCAAUCGUGGCAAUCAUCCCGCACUUUCCGACGAACCAGCCUGUCACUGGGUUCAGGGUUCUGGCACGCCACCGGUCGCCACUCCAGCCGGCGUCUGCUACGGGCAAUCCCCCGCCAUGUCGCCCAGAUCCUGCAGGCAGACGUGCUCUGGCAGAUGGGACACACGGGAUCAGGUGUGAAGGUGGCGGUCUUUGAUACAGGCCUGAGUGAGAAACAUCCGCAUUUUAAAAACGUAAAAGAGAGGACCAACUGGACAAAUGAAAAGACUCUAGAUGAUGGUCUGGGUCAUGGCACUUUUGUAGCUGGAGUCAUCGCCAGUAUGAGAGAGUGUCAGGGCUUUGCCCCGGACUCAGAGCUGCACAUCUUCAGAGUGUUCACCAACAACCAGGUAUCGUACACCUCGUGGUUCCUCGAUGCUUUUAACUACGCCAUCCUGAAGAAGAUCGAUGUUCUGAACCUCAGCAUCGGGGGGCCGGACUUCAUGGACCAUCCCUUUGUUGAUAAGGUCUGGGAGCUCACUGCCAACAGGGUGAUCAUGGUUUCUGCUAUCGGUAACGAUGGACCUCUGUAUGGCACUCUGAACAACCCAGCAGACCAGAUGGAUGUGAUCGGGGUCGGAGGGAUCGACUUUGAGGACAACAUUGCCCGGUUUUCCUCCAGAGGCAUGACCACCUGGGAGCUUCCAGGAGGCUAUGGCAGGGUAAAGCCUGACAUUGUCACCUACGGAUCUGGAGUCCGGGGAUCAGGGAUGAAGGAGGGAUGUCGCUCUCUCUCUGGCACCAGUGUGGCCUCCCCUGUGGUGGCUGGAGCCGUCACUCUCCUGGCCAGCACGGUCCUGAACAGGGAGCUGGUGAACCCGGCGUCUAUGAAGCAGGCUCUGAUCGCCUCCGCCCGUAGGCUGCCAGGGGUCAACAUGUUCGAGCAGGGCCAUGGGAAGCUGGACCUGAUCAGAGCCUACCAGAUCCUCAACAGUUAUAGACCCCAGGCCAGUCUCUCUCCCAGCUACAUCGACCUCACAGAGUGUCCGUACAUGUGGCCUUAUUGCUCUCAGCCCAUUUACUAUGGAGGAAUGCCCACCAUCGUAAAUGUGACCAUCCUCAACGGCAUGGGUGUCACUGGCAGGAUCGUCGACAAGCCCAUCUGGCAGCCCUACCUCCCCCAGAACGGGGACCACAUUGACGUGGCCGUCUCGUACUCACCGGUGCUGUGGCCGUGGGCCGGCUACCUGGCAGUGUCCAUCUCUGUGGCCAAGAAGGCUGCAUCGUGGGAAGGGAUCGCUCAAGGUCAUGUGAUGGUCACAGUGGCAUCACCCGCAGAGAAUGAGUCUGAGGUAGGCGGUGAGCUGACCUCCACAGUCAAACUCCCGAUCAAGGUGAAGAUUGUGCCGACACCUCCGCGCAGUAAGAGGGUGCUUUGGGAUCAGUACCACAACCUCCGCUACCCACCUGGAUACUUCCCCAGGGACAACCUGCGUAUGAAGAACGACCCUCUGGACUGGAAUGGAGACCACAUCCACACUAACUUCAGGGACAUGUACCAACACCUGAGGAGCAUGGGAUACUUUGUGGAGGUGCUUGGUGCACCCAUUACCUGCUUCGAUGCCAGCCAGUAUGGCACUCUUCUGAUGGUGGACAGUGAGGAGGAGUAUUUCCCUGAAGAGAUCACCAAACUGAGGAGAGACAUAGACAACGGCCUGUCCCUCAUCGUCUUCAGUGACUGGUACAACACCUCGGUCAUGAGAAAAGUGAAGUUCUACGAUGAAAACACCAGGCAGUGGUGGAUGCCAGACACAGGGGGCGCUAACGUACCAGCUCUGAAUGACCUGAUCUCAGUGUGGGGGAUGGCUUUCAGUGAUGGGCUGUAUGAGGGAGACUUCACUCUGGCUGAUCAUGAUAUGUAUUACGCCUCAGGCUGCAGCAUUGCCCGUUUCCCAGACGAUGGAAUAGUGAUCGCCAAGAAUCUAAAAGACCAAGGUCUGGAAGUGUUAAAGCAGGAGACAGCAGUGGUGGAAGGAGUCCCUAUCCUGGGUCUGUACCAAACCCCAUCAGACGGGGGAGGUCGCAUCGCUCUGUACGGGGAUUCAAACUGUAUAGACGACAGCCACAGACAGAAAGACUGUUUCUGGCUGCUUGACGCUCUCCUUCAGUACACCUCAUACAGUAUGACUCCUCCCAGCCUGAGCCACUCCCACAGCAGAGUCACACCUCCCACCGGCACAGAGCGCCCACUGCCACAGAGACUGGAGGGCAACCAUCUUUACCGCUACUCCAAGGUCCUGGAGGCUCACCUGGGUGACCCUAAGCCCCGCCCACUACCAGCCUGCCCCCACCUUUCUUGGGCGAAGCCUCAGCCAGUCAACGAAACAGCACCCAGUAACCUGUGGAAGCACCAGAAGCUUCUUUCAGUGGAUCUGGACAAAGUGGCUCUACCUAAUGUGAGGCCUUACCGCCCCCAAGUCAGACCUCUGUCUCCUGGGGAGAGUGGGGCCUGGGACAUUCCUGGAGGGAUAAUGCCGGGCCGUUAUAACCAAGAAGUGGGUCAGACGAUCCCUGUGUUUGCCUUCCUCGGAGCGAUGGUGGUCCUGUCCUUCUUCGUGGUCCAGCUGACAAAGACCAAGAGCAAACCCAAGCGCAGGAAACCCCGCAUCAAGAGGCCUACAUACCUUCAGCAGCAGCAGCAGCAGCAGCAGACAACGGGGAAAAACCCCACAGUUUGACAUGGACUGCAUCUCUGAGCUGCGACUGGAGAGCUGAGUUCACCGCUGAAACUUUAUUAAAAGGACUACUUCACACCUCAGUGGAGGUGUAGAAUUCUAAAGGCAGACUCCUGACUGUCUGGACCCUGAGCCUCUCUGACUCGACCGUACUGCGCCUCCUGGAGGUUCAACAGUUUUUGUGCCUCUUGUCUUUUUAAGGCUGUCCGUGGGUGUUUGUGUGUUUGUGUACUAAUAAGCAGUAUUACAAAGUGUUACACACAUGUUGGAUAACACACAGCACAGACCUCACCCCCUCUGAAAUAGCCUUUUGGAGACAGACUUGUCCACAUGCCCCCCUCUCUUCUUUGACCAAACUUUUUCUCUAUGAAUGAAAUGUGUUUGACUUUUAUAUUUAUUGAAUCUGUUUGUACCCUAACUCACACACACACACACACACACACACACACACACACACACACACACACACACACACACACACACACACACACACACACACACACACACCCUGAGUGAUUUCAUGCUCCCACACAUAGAAACACAGAAAUACAGCGCAUUCUAUGUGCCCUUCAAAAAUAAAGCAGUUGGCAUACACAUAGUAGAGAAUCCCGUCACACACACGUGAAGUCAUUUCCAACAUGAUGAUGAUCAAGUGGUCUCUCCCUGUGCCAACAUUCACAGUCAGGUGGUCCCGCCCACAUCUGUGUCAAAUGACUCUCAUUGUUUUUAAGUUUCUGUAAUGAAUGAACUCUGGCCAACACUCUGUUGAUAUCCUCUUUCAUGAUCUCAUGGUCAACCGAUAGAAUUGCAAGACUUGUUUGAAUAUAUCUCAUCAAUUAAAAAGCAUAAUCAAAGGGA